AUAUUACAACGAAGAAUAUAUCUUCUUUUAUUGAAUGCGAUAAGAUAUAAAAGAAAAGCCAAUGCGAUUUAUUUAUGAAUAUGCAAAACAUAUGAGUCAUCAUAUCAGAGAUGUUAUUUUUUUGAAAAAUAAUCAAUUAUCUUCAUGACAAAUAAUCAUUAAAUCAUAUAAUCAAUAAAUCAUCCAAAUAAAUAAUUAACAUCAUAUAUUUUCAAACGUUAAUAAAAAAAUUAGAACGAUUGUUUGGUUAAAAAUAUUAAAAAAUCAUAUGGGACAAUAUUAAUAGAAUAUCGACGUAAUAAGAAAAAAACAUUUCUUACCAAAUAAUCAGAAUUUUCUUACAAAAUUAAUACGAUUUAUAUUAUCCUUACGAUAAAAAUAUAAAUUUGCAAAAACAGCAUAAAAAAUAAUUUAUAAUAAGUUGUACAUUUUCAAACGUAAAAAUAGAAGAGUAUGCCAGUGACGUAAUUUGAUACGCGCGUUAUAUUAAUGAGAGUUUGUGAGAAGAAACGUCAGUAGUAUACAAUCUCUCGAGAGUGUAACGCCGUGAAUUUUGUUUCUCGCAAUAAUUUUUUUACUCGAGCACACGAUGGAGUCGUGGGCGAUAAUUUUGGCCAUCGUGGCAGUAGUACUGAGCCUUUAUUAUUACGUCUUCAAGGACAUGAACUAUUUCAAAAGAAUUGGUAUACCAUAUUUAAAACCAUGGCCGAUAGUGGGCAACAUGGGACCAGCAAUUUUCCGUCAGAAAACGAUGGCUGAUUUAAUCAUCGAUGCUUACAAUUUUUAUCCGGAAGAUAAAUACCUUGGUUUCUUCGAUCUAAGUAAUCCGGUUUUUAUUAUUCGUGAUCCAGAAUUAAUCAAAAUGAUCGCUGUGAAGAGUUUCGAUAAUUUCCCGGAUCACAGAGGUCUCGUCGACGAGGUACAGGAUCCUCUUUUCGGAAAAAAUUUAUUUUCGUUAAAAGGCGACCGAUGGAGAGAAACUAGAACGAUGUUGAGUCCGGCGUUUACUUUGAGCAAGCUAAAGGGUAUGUUCAAGUUGAUGAACGAAUGCGGAGCAGAUUUUACGGAUUAUCUAUCGAAAAUGCCGAAGGAUAAGAGAACUAUAGAAAUGAAGGACGUCUUCACGAGAUAUACAAACGACGUAAUAGCCACUUGUGCAUUUGGCAUCAGUAUUAAUUCUAUGAGAGAUCGGGACAACGACUUCUACGUUCUCGGAAGACAAGCAACCAGCUUCGAGGGUAUUCAAUCUCUGAAGUUCUUCUUGAUUAGAUCUUUCCCAAAUAUUGUGAAAUUCUUCAACAUCAAGUUAAUACCUGAUAAGAUCAAUGAUUUCUUCAAGAACGUUGUCGAGGAGGUAAUAAAUACUAGAGAUCGAAAGAAAAUCGUACGAUCCGACAUGAUACAAUUGAUGAUGGAAGCUAGGGACAAGAGAGCCGAAAUGGGACAAGAAUUAUCUCUGCUAGAUAUAGUAGCUCAAGCUUUUAUCUUUUUCUUUGGUGGAUUCGACACCGUCUCUACGGCAAUGUGCUUCACUUGUCACGAAAUUGGUAUCAAUCCGGACAUGCAAAAGAGAUUGCAACAAGAAAUCGACGAGGUCAUUGAAAAAACCAAUGGUAAUCCAACUUACGAAGUUAUCAACAGCAUGAAAUAUUUAGAUGCAGUGAUAAGCGAAUCCCUAAGGAGAUAUCCGAUUGCCAUUUUUCUUGAUAGAAUGUGCAUCGAGGAUUUCGAACUACCACCAAAUUUACCUGGAAAAAAGCCCUUGAUACUAAAAAAAGGCACGAAUGUUUGGUUCCCAGUUAGUGCACUCCACCUAGACCCUAAAUAUUUCGAUGACCCGUACAAAUUUGAUCCAGAAAGAUUCAUAGAACGUAACAAGGAGAUCAACAAUUCCGGUGUCUUCUUGCCCUUCGGAUUGGGACCUAGAAUGUGCAUUGGUAAUAGAUUCGCUUUACUGGAAAUGAAAGUUUUGAUAUUUAAUUUAUUGGCUAGAUGUAAUCUUAAGCCUUCCAUUAAAACCCAAAAUCCAAUUCGGUUUUCCAAAAAACAAAUCAAUAUGACUGCCGAAAAUGGCUUUUGGAUGGAUUUAGAGGGAAGAAAGGAUGUUCAUCCUUCUCUUAAAAAUUUUGUCCCUAAUGGCUCUACUGAAGAGAAUGAUAUUAAAACUGAUACAUCAACUAAUAGUAUUACUAAUGGUCAUGCGGUUAAUGCUUGAGGAAUAAAUGAUAAGAAUACUUUUAUUAUGAUAUUUUUUUAAUAUAUAUAUAUACGUAUAUAUAUAUAUAUAUAUAUAUAUAUAUAUAUGAAUGUGUGCAUAUGUGUGCGUUCAUAAUUGAUAAUAUAUAUAAUUGCUGUCAUUUAUUUUUUAAAAUCAUAUUAUAUUCGACAAAUGUUUACAAAAAACACUUUGUUAUAUUCACUUUCUUAUAUGAAAAAAAAUGAUUUAAUACAAGUAAAAAACAAAAAUACACUGAUAAAAUAUUCCUGUUCUUACGAUAAUAAUAAACUCUUAUAGUUACAUCUUAGAGCAGGUUUGAAAGAAAAUUCCAAUGUUUAAUAAGCGAUAAAUAUUCACUUCUAAAGUGAUGAUUACGUCAGUGGCAUAAAUUGAUAGAGGUAAAUGAAAGACGUUUUGCCUUAACGAGAGUUGCCAAGAAGAAAUAUCAGUAAGGCCAGUGUCUCUGGUCAAUAUAACUGCGUCAAUUUUCCCUCUCUCUCUCUCCCUCUCUCUCACUCCCUUCCUCUCUCACUCCCUCUCUCUCACUCCCUUCCUCUCUCACUCCCUCUCUCUCUCUCUCUGUCUCUCUCUCUCUCCGUUUCUAUUUCUCUUCAACUCUAUCAUUAUCUUUUCCUCUCUUUUUUUUUCUCGGAUUCAUGAUGGAGACUUGGGCUAUGAUCUUAUCCAUUGAAACUGUGAUACUAAGCAUUUAUUACUACGAUCAUCAACGAUUCGAGUUUCUUCAAGAAAAUUAUUUUACCGCGUUUGGAAUCAUGGCUGAUAGUUAUCAACAUAGAUUUAAUAUUUUUACGUAAGAAAAUGAUGAUACUUACAAUAUGCAUUCGAAAGCAAAAUACAUUGAUUUCUUCUAUUCGAGUAAUCUCCGUUUUGAUGAUUUGUGAUCUAAACUUGAUCAAAACGAUCACAAUUAAAUAUUUUGAUUCUCAGUUCAUGGACUCCAUUACGAUCUUAAAUAUUUCCUGGAUCAGUACAAAUUCGAUUCUGAAAGAUUCAUGUUAAGAGAUUCGGUUAAGCAGAUCAACUAGUUCGGGACUUACCUAUUCUUUGGAUUGGAACUUAGAAUAUUCAUUGAUAAUAAUCUUGCUUUACUUCAAAUAUUGUAUUCGUUGGCAAAGUAUAAUCUCAUGCCUUUCACCAAAAUGCAGUAUCCAAUGCGAUUCUCUAUGAAUGGAAUCAUCAUGACUAACGAAAGUGAUUUUUGGAUGGAUUUAAAAAAGAAGAAACUAUGUUCAUCUUGGUCUUAACAAUUUUUUAUUUGAUGAAACUGUUACUGAUAAUAUCGAAAUUGUAGAUUUAUGAUAACAUAUAAUGAUCGCGUUGCUAAUAAUUCUAUAUACGGUAAAAGAAUAAAAUAAAAGCAAUAAAUAACGAAAAUGUUUGGAUUAUGAUAAAAUGAUCUAAUGUAUAUAUGUGUAUAUAUUCGUAAGUGAAAUGUUAAGUGUACCGAAUCUGGAUUACGCAUUUGCGCAACGUACUCUACGUUAUCACGGAUUAUCGUCUUUUGAAUUACACGCAACUAUACCCAAAUACGAAUUGUAAUUGAAUUAUAUAUGGUUUUAGAAAUCAAUUUAAGUGUAAGUAUAAUGUAAAUAAUAUAAUAUUGUCAUUAUCAUUAUUAUGAUAAAGAAAAAAAAAGUAGCUUACAAUCUUCGAGAAUAAUAAUAAUUAUUUAAGAAAACCUA